ACUGCAACAAGCUUCCCCAUCACCUCAGUCUCCAAGCCAGUGAGAGGGGGAGGAGGAGAAUUUCAAUUAGAGAAAGCUAUGGAGUUUUUACUUCAGAGAAUCGCUAUUACAUCUAGUCUAGCUCCUCACCUGGGACCUGAAGCAACAUGUCACUAUGCCCCACAUAUAUGGUUGUUCAGUCUAAUGAAAGACUCCCAGGAAUGAGCGGCUCUCCAGUUUGAUAAAGCUCUGUUAGUUUGUAUACAAAGCCAAAAUUUUUCCUUUGUACACCUUCCAUGUUGCCUUCCAAAGAUCUUUUCAAUGUGAUAGCCACUCAGGAAUUUGAAGACGAUAGUCCUUGCUCACUCCCCUUCCCCAUGUCUCCUCUGGUUUAAUAUUACCAAUUUUAUUCAGUGAGUGCUCAUUUGACAUGGUUUUCUCUGGUUGCUCUACUGGGCAUGUAGUAUUCUUAAAAGUAGUGCCCAGAAGAGAAUAAAACUCUCCAGGACUGUUCUGAUCAGAAGACCAGGUGCACUACCCUGUUCCUUGCAUUGACUGGGGAAGUGGGUUGUCACCAUACACAAGUGAACUUUAUUAUUCAACUACUAAACCGCUAAAUUAAGUUUCUUCCAGAUAGUACGGGGGUCCACAAAUAGAGUUUAUUAUCGAUUCUCUUUAAACUUCACCAUCAAAUCCAGUCCCUCAUCCUAACUUGUCAAGUCUAUUUGGAAUCAUGAUUAGCUCUCCCUUUUAAUUUCCUAUCUCCAAAUUGGUUCAGCCUUCUAUUUCCCAAUGCAGAUAAGUAGUCGGGCCAGGGUUGAAGACAGCCGUGGAAGGUAUCAUUUUCCAUUUCAAUCAUUUCGACACACUAAAAUGUACUGUCAGUUUGUAUCUCAAGGCCUCCUUUCUAAGAACAUAAGACAGGUGCCUUGAAUACUGUGGCCAUAGCAAUCAACAGUGUAUCAAGACUGGAAUCUUACCAGGAGCCACACUUUUGUAACACGGACAGUUACUUGCCGGGUUUAAGUCCCAGCCCUACCAGUUACUACUAGGUCUGCGUGACUUUGAGCAAAUGACUUAACUUCUUCAUUGGACUGUUGGGAGCAUUAAAUGUGGUGGUCAUUAUUUGUUGACAGUUUACCAACGGCUCUUCACAUCUGCUGCCUCGCUGGAUGCUCAAAAUAACCCCCUAGUGUUGGGAGAGUCAAGAACUACGGUCUUCGUUUUUACAGACCGACGGAAGAGAUGUCUUGUUCACGUUCCCUCUUCCAACAAUGGCUUCCUCUUCCCCACCCUCUCGAAUCCGCAAAUGCCGGUAGCAGCCACCAUUCAUUGCGUAGCGUGGCACACAGGAGAAUACGGACUGGUUGCCUGGCCUAGAAUCUUGCCUCCAGUACUCGAAAGCUAAGUUUGGACAACUUACUUAAUUUUUCUGUUUGCCUCAGUUUCCACUUUGAGAAAUGGAGUGACUCUGCCACCACCAGUAUUGGGGAUGCUGAGCUGUGGGGGCCAAGCCCAAGGAGGGGUGAGAAUAAAGGGGCCUGCAGCGGCUAUCAGGCCAUAAACCAGGCUGACCUCUCAGCACAGGGCUUGCAGACUCACCUCCCAUGUCAGCAGUCAUGAGCAGAAGUGACAACUACACUUCAGAUCUGCUAGUGCCUGGAAUCCCCUCCGUGGCCCAGGCCUGGGGACUGUGGGCCCUCUUAGCGGUUGUGUCGCUGCUGCUUCUCAUCUCGCUGGCUGCGCACUUGUUCCGAUGGACUAGUGGCCAGAGCAGAAGCCAUCCGAAGCAGGAACGCUCUGGAGGAUCUGUGGAAGAGGUCCCCCUAUAUGGGAACCUGCCUUAUCUUCAGACUGGUCGGCUGUCUCAAGAACCAGGGCCAGACCAACAGGAUCCAACUCCUAGAGGCCCCGCCAUGGCUGCGGAGGAAGUGAUGUGCUAUACCAGCCUGCAGUUGCGGCCGUCUCAGGGCCACAUCCCCAGCCCUGGAACCCCUAUUAAGUACUCAGAGGUGGUACUGGAUUCUGAGCCAAAGCCCCAGGCCUCAGGCCCAGAGCCGGAGCUCUACGCAUCAGUGUGUGCCCAGACCCGCAGAGCACGAGCUUCCUUCCCAGACCAGGCCUAUGCCAACAGCCAGCCUGCACCCAGCUGACAUGAAGGGCCUAGCAGAAUGAGAUGAGCCUCGCCCAGCCUCCGGUGUGGCAGGGGUUACUGCUACCCUGUCCCCAGCAUAACUGUCUCCCAACCACCCCCCCAAAGACAGGUAACCGUUGCCCAGUCACAGGAGGUAAUGUUCCCCAACCUCCCCUUCUGAACUGUGAGGGAGACAUCUCAGGGGAAUAAGUAGAUCCCCAGUUUCUUGGGAAUGGAGGAAACAAAGGCAGUGGCUCCCUCUCCAUCUCUCUCUCUCUCUUUUUUCCUAUCUAUUCCUCUAAGGUCUCAAGCUCCCAGGUUUUUCACUUCCUCCUCCUUGUGGCUUUUAACUAGAUCCUUUCUGCUCUCGCUCCCUUAAAGUCUACCCCUAACACUUCAGUGCCCCUUCAGAUAUAGGAAGUGGGCAGUGAUGGAGGAGGUAACAGCCCCAGAGCAGAAGGUGGGGCCGGAGGGGGUGGUGCUCCAUGAGAGCCCACAGUCUGGAGGGAUCCUGAAACCUAGCGACCUGAGGAACCCAAGCCUGGCUUCUUAUUUGAGAACUCUGGCUGGCGAAUACCAAUCCAUGCCCUGCUGCCUCUGUGUGUCCCCAUGUUUUCAAAUAAAACUUCUCAGAAAG